CAUACACACACACACACACACACACACACACACACACACACACACACACACACACAAAUGCAAUAAUGAAUUUUUAAAUAUUUCAAAUCCUUCUGAGUUUACAUUUACAACACACAGACCUUGGCCAGGCUUUUCAAAAUGGUUUUGUGUUUCUGUGGAAGUACCCCUGCUGUAGUAUCCAGUAGGGCUCAGAAGAGAAGAUCUAUACUCUAGUUUAGGACAUGGGCGAUAUAUUUUUUUUCCUCAGAGCAAAGGGACAGCAUGACUCUUGUUUAUGAUAGAGACAGCACUGCUCUACUGGUUCUGCCAGAAGAAACCUCACUGAAAACAGCUACCACCAAAUGGGGAUGAGAUCUGACUUCAAUGAAGUGGACUGUGGAUAAGGAAGACCCCUUAGGAAUAGGAAAUAAAGGCAAGGAAAGAGAGUAGUAAUUCAAAUUCUGUGCCUUUGCUAAACCUUGAAAGAUUUGCCAUUUGUUAACUGAAAUGGCCUUGAGACACUUGAGCUAACAGAAAGUUCCAUUAAUAAGCAGGAACCAUGAAGGGAGCAGUGGCUCAGAGGGCUCAGCCAGGUCACUCAAGUGACCCAGUCUGGGUGCCCAGAGUUCACCAGUCUAUGAGUGGACACGUCUCUCAAGUGGUGCUGGUGCAUGACUUCCUGGAGAGCCAUAAGCAAACAUCUGUUCAGCCAGACAACACACUGAGAGAAGACCACAGAAAUGAGUCCAAACACGUCUCACUUAGGUACAGGCAAUCACUGAAAUGCUCAGCCCUGCUUGGGUAACACGUAAUCAAAGCUGCAUCCCGGGGCUCCCUGACCAAUUUACAGGCGUCUCCACCAGUCUCUCCUCCCCCAACAAUUGCUCACUACUUAUGUAACUCCGGGACAAGUCUACCAAGCCUUGGGGCUUUGUGGGCUUCAGGGCCCAGUGGGUUUCUCCUGAGCCUCCCACUGCCCUUCAGGAACCAGUGUUUCAGUUAGGAGGAAAGAGCUCCACAACAGAUGAAUAAAGUGUUAAACAUCAGGCUGCAGAACUAACUGAGCCUGGAGAGGUGCUCAGGGGGCAGAAGGCCCUGUGCCAAUACUCCAAUGAUGAACUCCAAUCAUUCCGUCUCUCAUCUAGCAUCUGCAUUGCAUUCUGCACUUUUCUGCUCCCUUCGCUUGCUAAGUAAACCUGGGCGCAAGCAUUCAGGAUCCACACACAACUAGAAACGGAGCACGGGCAAAGCACCUUUUCCGACAGCAACUCCAGCCACUCACGCCUCUCUAGCGGCCCUCUGGUAAAGCACACCAGUGUUUCAUCUGGGCAGGAGUGGGGAGGGGCAGGGGCAGCCCUUUCUCCGCCCCCCUGGCUUGGGAGCUCUUCUGCGGUGCUUCCCUUCCCACACAGACAUACCCAUCAAUGCUCCUUUCAAUCAACACCUCAGCCAUAACUUCCUCAGGACUCACAGAGUCUGCCCCAUCGUCACUGGCACGAACAGCUCCCAAACACCAAACUCUACCCUGACCACUCUAACAAAGUCAGGCCGGCAGCAGACCUGAGUAUGGGUGCUGGCUCUCCAGCUCAAUGAUGACAGACCAGCCACUGGACCUCUUCUAACUGCAGUUUCCUCUUCUGCAAAAUGCCUCCCACGUCUGUGGUAAGAUAACACAGGGUAGAUAAAUACCAGCGCCAUGCCUGGUGCUCAGUGAACGGGACUUUCUCUCCCUGCUGAAAACCUGCUGCCUUUCAAGGUCCUGUUGGUUGUUACAGGAAGCCUUUCCCAAACCACAAACUCUAGUUUGGUCUAAUCUAGUCUUUCAUAUUUUCCUCGGGAAAUCUAUCUUCAGACUACGUGACUUAGGCGUACACUUCUGAAUUCUCCUAGUGUUUCCCAACAUUAGUUGCUGCCUUCAACACCCCCUGCACUCCUGCCUUGGGACGUUUAUAACUGUUGUUCCCUCUGCCUACCACAUUCAUACUCACAUUCUCUUCUUUGACCUUUUCCCUGUCUGAUGAACUCCAAUCAUGCCGUCUCUCAUCCCCUUCCUCCCCUACCGAAACCAGUCUUCCCAAGUCCCCCGUACUUCCCGGUGUCUUUUGUAUGUGGCCCACUGAGCCUCAUUACAGCUGCUUGCAUGAGCAUGGGUGGGAGGUUAUUUACUGAAACAUGGCCACGCCACUGAAGAAAGUGACAGUCCACCCCCAGGAACUACUGAAUGCCACAGUGCAGGAGGAGUAGGGCAACUGCAGGUCUAAGUAUCUCUCCACACAGGCCAUGCCCACCUCCAGCCAAAGUCCUCUUCCCAUAUUUACUGCUUUUCCCUCUCACCAGCACAGCACAAUUGCACAUACUCUCCCAUCUUGUGGCUCCCAACUCAAUGCCAGCAUUUACCACAAUGCAGAAGGAAGGGGCACUGGGGAAGUGCUUGUCUAAGAAAAAAUAUGAACUAUCUAUUUCCAAAGGAAGUGCCUUAGAUUCGCUCAAGUUUACCAGAGCAUAUAGAAGCAAGAGGUUCCAAGCCCAACCCUUCCAGCUGGCACCUGCUUGCCUCGGCUCUCUUAACUUGUCUUAAGGUAAAAACAAAACUGUAGUCUAGAGCUGGAGAGAUGGUUCAGUGAUUAAAAUGUGUACUGCUGUUUCACAGGACCCACACUCAAUUCCUAGCAUACAUGCCAGGAGGCUCACAGUCUCCCUUAACUCCAGCUCCAGAUCUAACUCCUCUGGCCUCCACAGGUACCUGUACUCAUGACACAGACUUACGUGAAUAAAAAUAAAAUGUUAAAAAAAUUAGUCUGCUGAGCUGAUAUCAUAGAGAGGGAAGGACAUACAUUAGAUAAGGCUCUGUGUCCUGAACUGAUAAAAUGGUCAUUUGGGGGAAGAGGCUAUACUAGACACAGGAAGAUUAUACCUCCUUAAGUGCCCAUCCAGUGGGGAAUUAAAGGGGCAGACAAGUGCAAUUAGGAAUAUAAAAACUGCAGUUCUUCACCAAAUCGUCAGACACUAGCCAAUUUUGGGUUUGUUUUAGGUUGACUCCCUGUGGUGGCUAAUCUUGGUUGUCAACUUGACUAUAUCUGCAAUCAACUAAAACCCAAGCACCUGUGAGGGAUUUCCUUGCUAUCGAAUAAUCCUCUUGUACGCUGUAAAGAUUUAUCACUAGAAUUGGUUUAAUAAAAUGCUGAUUGACCAGUAUCCAGGCAGGAAGUAUAGGCGGGGCAACCAAACUAAGACUGCUGGGAAGAGGGAGAGCGGAGUCAGGAGUCACCAGUCAGAUACAGAGGGCGCAGGAGAUGAAUGUGCACCAUACUAAUAAAGGUACUGCCAUGUGGCAGACUGUAAACAAGGAAUAUGGGUUAACUUAAAAUGGAAGAGCUAGUUAGUAAUAAGCCCGAGCUAUUUGCCAAGCAUUUAUAAUUCAUAAAAGCCUUCUGUGUGUUUAUUUGAGACUGGGUGGUUGGAACAGGGAACAUCCAUUUACAUUUCCUUGAUUGGAUUAUCCAAGGUCCAGAGACCCAACCAUAAAUCUGGACCACACCUUCUGGUGACAUCCUAUAUAAAAGGACAUGGAGGAAGGAAGCUUUUGCUUUUUGCCUGCUUGCCCUCACUCUCAAUGGUAAGUUCUGAAUCUCCUUUAUAUAUUUUCAUUCUACCACCCUGGUCUGUGUUGGAUGUUUACGCCAACUCUGGCUGCAGGACAGCCUCCCUUGCUGCUCUCAGAGACCCCCUGUACACCCUGCCUCCGGAGACCUCUGGAGUUCAGGCUCCAUCCCUAGACUAUUCUGGCCUGACCCCUAGAGAGGAGGUGCUUGAGGAGCUCCAAAGGCCAGGCCCUGCUCCCCAGACUUCUCUAACUGACAGCCAUUCCCAGCUCCUCUAGGGGAGAGAGUGGCCAGGCCCCUCCCUACAGAAAAACAAAAAGGCCAAGCAAGAUUGGGCCACAAAAUCCCACCAAUCCCUGACCUUGUCCCAAGAUCAGGUCACCCUGGAAAGCCCCACCUCCACCCCUAGAAAUCCCAUAUAAACCCUGUGGAGCAGAGGCAGCUGCCCUCCUGGUUUUCCCCUCCCAGUAAAUCUCUUGUAUGAGGUUUGUUGUGUGGUGUGACUUUGUGGUAUUCCUUGGCUCCUCAAAGGCUAGGAUACCUUUCCCUUCUGAGCUGUAACACAGAAGGGGAGAGGGGGAGAGGGGAGAGGCCUGAGCAGAGCUGUAACACUUGCACUGGGACCCACCCCCACCCCCGCAGGAGCAGUCACUCCUCUCUGAGCUGUAACACUUAUCUGCAAGUGUUUUAUUUGUUUUUUCAAGACAGAGUUUCCCGGUGUAGUCCUGGAGGUCUUUGAACUCACUAUUACACCAGACUGGCCUCGAACUCAAGAGAUCCGCCUGCCUCUGCCUCUCCAGCGCUGGCAUUAAAAGUGUGUGUCACCACUGCCCGCGAGCCUCACAGUCACGAGUCUUUCGUUAUUUCGGACUGUAGUUUUCUCACAAUCGAUACAACUGAGGAAGACUGUAUGCAGCAAAGGUGUCCCCUUGUCCUUUAGACUAAAGUUUAGAGAGAGGCUUUCUGCUCAGCAAGCUCCUGUCCAGACGCAACGUGGGGAUGCGCAGACCCGAACCUGGCCCCAGAGCUACCGAACCUGCUGAGGAGGAACCGCGGCGCCAGGACCUUAGGGUGUGCGAGGAAUGCAGCUGCUCCUUAAUCUUUUCCGAGUGGGGCCAAGGCUGCCUUGGGAGGGCGGGAGGCGCCUGAAGCUCAGAGCGGAGCUCGCAUUUCCGAAACCCGAGCUGCAACCCAGCAACAGGACAGCGGACUGACGUCCAGCACUGCUGUGAGAGCGGCCCCUGGUGGCGUCGGCAACAGCUGACGCAAGGAACCGGGCGACGAAGGCUAGCAGCGCGGCACGGGGCGCACCGGAAGUGACGUUCCUAGAGGCGUCGGGCCCUAACCAUGGCCCACAAGGCCGCGCAAUGGCCGUCGGAGGAAACCCUGUUGCUCUGGAAACGGGAACAAGCCCGGCUGAAGGCGCUCAUGGUGGACCGGGACACGGAGGCCUGGCAGCGGGACCCCACCUUCUCCGGCCUGCAGAGGGUCGGGGGCGUGGACGUGUCCUUCGUAAAUGGGGAUAGUGAUCGGGCCUGCGCUUCCCUGGUAGUGCUGAGCUACCCAGAGCUCAAGGUGGUGUAUGAGGACAGCCACAUGGUUCGCCUGAAGGCCCCCUACGUGUCAGGCUUCCUGGCCUUCCGAGAGGUACCCUUCCUGGUAGAGUUGGUACAGCGGCUGCAGGAGAAAGAACCAGGCUUCAUGCCCCAGGUCCUUCUUGUGGAUGGAAAUGGGGUGCUUCAUCAACGAGGCUUUGGGGUGGCCUGCCACCUUGGUGUCCUUACAGAUCUGCCCUGCAUUGGGGUAGCCAAGAAGCUCCUGCAGGUGGACGGGCUGGAGAACAAUUCCCUGCACAAGGAGAAGAUUGUGCUCCUUCAGGCUGGGGGAGACACGUUUCCUCUGAUGGGCAACUCUGGGACAGUCCUGGGAAUGGCCCUGAAGAGCCAUGACCACAGCACCAACCCCCUCUAUGUGUCUGUGGGCCACAGAAUAAGCCUGGAGGUCGCUGUGCGCCUGACCCACCACUGCUGUAGGUUCCGGAUCCCAGAGCCUAUACGCCAGCCGUGCGGAGAGACAGCGCCUUGUCUUCCAAACCAGCACGUCUGGACAGGACCAGUGGGAGCAGCCCUUAGCCAGAGGCUCUCACAGCGUCCUUCCACGGCCACAUUGAGGAGACUUGUGUUGGUGCCAAGGUCGCCAAUUAGGACGGACCCCAGGGCGUGGCUCUGCCAGGCUGACAUCCGCUCCCGAGACUACAUCCGGAGGACUCUAGGACACCCUGGGUCUCCUGCACAAAGGCAGGAGAGGAGCCAGAAGGAGCAGAGGCCAAAAAUAUGCCCCAAAGAUGGCCCAGGAGCACCUGCACAUCAAGGCAGGCCCCCCGAGGACCAUGGCAGAGACUCCAUCACAGACCUGAAAGACCCCCAGCCAGGCUUCCAGGAGCAGCAGAAGGACCAGCAGUUGGAGAGAACUGAGCAUCAUGAAGACUCAGACCUCUGACCUCCUCCUCCAACCUGGGUACAGUCACCACCCUGAGAAGAUGAUCUCUAGGAACUAUGGGAACCUCACCCACAGCCACAGGUAGAGCACCAGGCCCCAGAGACAACACUGACCAAAACCCCACAACAGGUAGCGCUGAUGGCUACCCAGCCUCCUCAAUCACUGGCUGGUCAGUGUCGUCACCAUGCCCCAGCAGGACCACAUUUCAGACCAGAAAACACACACAAGCACCCAGAGUACACAAGGGCUUCAGGCUUCAGGCGCCCAGAGGCCCUGAGGUUGGCAGCCUGCGCCAGCACCUGCAGCUCUGCCCUUCCCCCUUGGAAUACAGAUCUGGUUCUGGCUUCGCUCCUCUAUUCUCAGGGGUUACUGUUCCAUCACCAUCCUGACCACAGACGCCAGGCUGCAGUCCCCAAGGUGCCUGUCCUUAAGCCUACCUACUGCUGAGCCUGAGGGACCUGCAGUGGGAAAGCCUCAGCCUGGAGCAGGCUCCAGAGUGGGCGGGCGUUGGGGAGUCAGCUCCACAGAGGGUGCCAGAUGGGAAGCCGGUUGAGGCCCAUGGUGAGAAAGCCCCAGGCUUGGCUCCUCACUUCUCUUCCUGCCGCCUUCUCACCAGAGGGAGCGUCAAAAUUCCAUCCCACCAAGAAAGCAGGUCUGCUCUAGGCCAGUGGCUUCUUCUCUGGGUGGGCUUAAAGUGGUUGCUGAGGCAGGCCACAGAGGUGACUCACCAGCAGCAUGGCUCCAGUACCCUGUCCUCCCAUGCAUACAUACAUCCUCUAGAUUCACCAGAGUGGCAGCUGAGGUGGGACACAGAGGUGGCCUACCUGUAACAUGUCCCCUGCCUGCACCCUAAUCCCCAAACUCCCUGGAGGAGAGGCAACAGGUGGUGGGUGAAGCUAGCUGCCAAAUCCUGUGGACACCCGUGGGGGGGAUCAGGAUGGACAGAGGGUUAGUGAUAAGGGAGGGACAUCAGGGACGGCUCUCCUGUGAUGAUAUCCGGUCCCAUUUAGAUCCAGCUGGGCUGCCGAGUCUCCCUCCUAAGCCAGUCUGUAGUGACUGUCAAGACUCCGGGGGGUGGGUCUGCUGCUGCAGUCUUUGAUGGAACUGGCAGCUGGUUCCCACUCCCUGGGAUUUCAGUUUGGGAUAUUAGGAAAAAUAUACAUGUGGUCCUGUCACCCAGUAAGUUCCAGUAAAUGAGGUAUGAGGCAGAGGGUGGCAACCUACCCACCACACACCUGAUGUAAGAGCCCCAGGGACACCCAUAGUGUCAGAACAGGAAGGGAAUCCCUGUGGUGCCCACAUCUCUCCCCUCCCAUGGGGGGGUGUGGGAAGGGAAAUGUAUGCUUGACCAGGAAACCCCCACCCCAGCUUUAGCCUCACUCUACCUACUUGCUGAGUCAGAGUCCCAGGCUAGCAGGUUAAACCUUGGAUUUAACAGAGUGCCCCAGACUAGCAGGUCUCCAAGAGGUACAGCCCCCACUGGCCCUCCCCUAUCACUCACCCACAUUCUACACAUACGCACGUGCACACACAUGCACAUACACACCCACACAUAUGCACACAGACAUACACAUGCACACACAUACACAUUCCCUGACAUUCCUGUGGAAGCCAAGAGCUGGAGAGCCUGCAGCUGGCCCCUCCAUCUGUCUUCUUAACUUCUUCCAGAUUCUCCCUCCUCGAGCCCUGUCAAGACAGAGUUGUGGGGGGAUUUGGAGAGAUUGGAAGCAAAAGGUUGAGGCUGAACUGCAAUGACCAGAAUCCUCAUGCAGAGCUCAGAUGUUCAAGUGGGGAACAAGGCCUGUCCAGCUACCCAUGCUGCUGGAAGGUGCCACAGGAGGGGGAGGGCUUCACACGGGGCCCGGCACACAGCAUCCUUGAGUGAAGAAAAGCUGUUAGUUUAGAGAAAUGGGGUUCCAGAGGCCAAGACCAUCAGUCGUUAAGGCCAGCUUUACAGAUAAGGAGAAAAACAGCUUAUAGAGUCCCCCAUCCACACCUCACUUGAACAGGCAGUUCCUCCCGCUCCUGUGAGCCACCAGAGUGGCUGGGGACCCAGCCUGGCCACCCUCUCUGUUUCAUCUGUUCCACUCCAACAGGAGACCUUCCCCAGGACACACGCAAGUCAUACCCCAUCACACUGACACCACUCAGCUUGGUACCUUCCAACACUCAGAUCCUCUUCUCAGCAAGUCAUGGUCAUGGUAGCUGUGUCCCCAGGGAGGUGGUUCUCCAGGAUGCCAGUACAGCCAGAAGCUGCAAGGAGUCCACCCGUUUCCCACACAGGAAGGUGCAGGCCAGAGCCUGAAGGCGGGCUUGUAGACAACUUUGAUGUGAUUUUUUCUGAGAGAAAACCCUUUCAGUUGUUAAAGUACAACUUGUUGGUCUUUUGGGAUACUCACAAUCCGGUUCUGCACAGUGGUGUGUGGGCCCGGUUACUGGGGAGCUUGAGACCAGCAGCUCACCAGCCUGACACAGGCCAAAGGCUUUGUCACAGACAAGAGGAAGAUUCAUCAUCUUGUGCAGCCAGUACCUUGUAUGCCUUAAAGCCUUUUCACUGUUCAGAUGGGAGCCUUAGACUGUUAGCCACCAGUUCCCCACAAGAAUCUGUCAGCCCAGCCAUCCCACUUUGUGUGUGGGGGUUUGCCUGUGUCCAGGUUCCUUUGUGGGGUGCCGUGUGUCAUUACUGCAGUCCUGUUUGUGACUGAACACUACCCUAUGCAUGCAGUUGUCCAUUCGGCUUGUCCAGUCCCCAGCCCCAGAUGCUUGCCUGUGCCUGUCCGAGGAGUCCUGUGUGCUGGGCUCCCUGGGAACUGCUCUCAGUCCUUGUGGGCACAUGCCGAGGAGGGGCAGUGCGGGUCCUCUGGUGACCCUCCCUAUGCUUAACUUACUACGAACCCACCACCAAGCUGUCUCCUACAGGAGCAGUCCCCUUCUACAGCCCUGUCGCCACCCCAAGGGUGUAUCUCCACUUUCAGCCUUGUUACUGUGUGUCUUCAGAGUCUGGCCACCCAGUGAAUUGGAAGGGACCUGAUGGGAGCUUACUUGCCUUCUCUUAGUGAUGAAUGACUUUAGCACCUUUUAUCCACUUUCUGGCCACUUCUGUAGUUCAGGGUAAAUGUCUAUUUACAUCA